AUGGGUAUUGCUGCUGUUUUAGACCUUAGGUACAAGAUGGUUGGGGUUGAGUUUCAAUUUAAAAAAAUGUAUCCAGAUCCAAGAGAAUGCUUCAAACAAGUUGAUAGAAUUCAUCAGUUGUGUAAUGAGUUGGUUAAUGAAUACACUCACAAAAUGAGUUCUGAUGUGUCACAUAUCGGUGUCGGUGUUGGUACAAAAGAAGUUAAUGAAAGUGGAAAUGCAAGUUUAUUUGGGGGUGAUGAUUAUAUAUGGAAGAACAAUCAGAUGAAAUUUAAAGUUCUUGCAAAAAUAACUAAGAAUAUAUAUACUAUUCCGUUGUCUACUGUUGCCUCUGAAUCUGCUUUUAGUACAAGUGGUCGUAAUGGCGGAACGGAAUCGGAUAGGACGGAGUCGGUAGGACAAAAAUCCACACCUACUGCCACCCCUAACGACGGUUGCCAUUUCCCUUUCCGUGCGUACGGAUGUGUGUUGGUGCGUACGCACUCUCUUACAAAAUUGAACCCCCUGAACCCUAGCCUAUCUUCUUCUCCUUUCUUCUUCUCUGAGCCAACCAACGUCCAUCAUCUUCUCCACCAUCAUCACCAGCCCUUCCCCGUCUGUCACCCACAACCGAUACAGAGCCACCACGUCUCUCUCUGUUUCUUCUUCUUCCCCUCGCCUCACCUCCGCCGAGCCCAGAACCCACCGUACCACCACAACGCCGCCGGAGCCCCAUCUUCUGCCGAACCAGCCUCCACCCACCAUCAUAAAACCACUGGAGCCCUCUUCCCCCUGCCCGAACCCUGGCUCCGCCAACCACCACCGCGAACCACCGUAGCCUCCACCAUCGACGAGCCACGGCGACCCAACUCUCCUCUCCUUUCUCCGCGAGCCCAGAGCCACCAGCUCCUCCUCGCCGUCGUCCACAAUCACCUUCGCGCUAACCCAGAGCCCACCGUCCGCACCAGCAGCUUCCUCUUCUCCUUCCCAGCGCGUCUCAACACCUUCCCUGUCUCUGCUUCCGGUGCCAAAACUGCCGCACUCCAGCCCUGUUCUCCAGUUUCCGGCCAGCAAUCCGCCAACGCCAGCACCAUCCUGAAGCUGCCGUGCUCAACACCACCCAGUGACGCUGCUUGUCACUGCUGCUCCAACUCCUGUUUCCCCUGUUUCUUUGUUUUUCUUUUCUGUUCUUCAAACAGGAUGAGUCAUUGUAAAAAUAAAAAAAAGGAGAUGGACAUGGAUGCGGAGGAUACCCUGAAUAAACUUUCUAUAUCUGUUUUGAUUAAUGCUGCUGUUUGGAAAUGUUGCUGUUUCAUUGAUUUUUUUCUGUUUGUUGCUGAUGAUUUGCCCGUGCUUAUUUGGCUUGCUUGAUGCGGCCGCUUGAACCUAUUACCUUUGUUUAUUGUGUUGUUUUGGUGCUAAAUUUUGGACCAUUAUUUCUGUUCAUUGUUCAUGGCUGUUGGAAUGAGCCAGUUGCUAGGUAUUGUUAAUGGUUGAUGGUGCAAUGAUGAUGUUGACCAAAAUUCUGAGUUUAGGUUAUUAUUGCUGCUGGUUGCUUAAUGGGUUAAAACUUAAUUGUUCAUUGCUGUUGUUGCUGUUUACUGGCCUAUUUGUGAUUUCAUAUGAAUUUACAUCUGGUUUUUGCAUGUUUAAAUGUUAAAGCAUUCAUAGGAAGUUUGAAUUGAUUGGUUGAAUUGGGAAAAUAGGCCAAUUUGCUGCUGAAAUGCUGCCGGAUUUUUCCUAACCAUGUUUCAUUAAAUGACAUUAUCUUAUUUGGUGCAACAAACUCUAUUUGACGGAUUUAUGUGUCAAAAAGAAUCUUUUGCUAAAUGGUUUUGGAAAUUUCCCCAUGAGCUUCCUUACAAGUUUCGGUCAAUUCUUGAACUUGUUUUAAAUUGUGUUAUUCAUAAGUAUCACAUAGCCUUAAUUGAUUUUUCAAUUGACCAUAAACUUGAAAUUCUUUUGAGAAUUUGAGCCUCUUUUGCGUAAACUCACAAGUUUGAAGGUUUUAAAUCUAUGUGGCUAAUUUGAUUCAUUUUAUUCAUACCUAAUUUACAUUAAGUCACAUAGAUCAUGGGGUUUUCAAUUCUUGUUUUAACUUGUGCCUUUUAUGCUUCAUUGGAAUUUGGUGUUUGAAUGUUCCUUGAUUAAUUUGUUUCUCAAUGUUUUAACUUUGUCAACACCAAAUUAAUUUAACUUAUGCCAAAUGAUGGUAAUUAGUAUUCAUUUGAUUAUGUGCUCUACGCAUACAUGUGCAUUACUUGUUUUGGCAUUUGAAUUAUUGAGAAGUGAAUAUAAAUUUUCUUGUUUUGGAACUUUGGAAAUUUUCAGAAUUAAGGAACGUUUUUACUAUGCAUAUAACAUUUGACCUUUGUUUUCUUUUUCAACUGACUGUUUUCUUUUCUUUACCCUUUUUACUCACUUAACUUUUGACCUUCCUUUUCUUUUUCAACUAACUAUUUUCUUUUUACUCACUUAACUUUUGACCUUCCUUUUCUUUUUCAACUAACCAUUUUCUUUUUCUUCACUUAACUCAGACUCUCUUUUUCCUUUUCAACUAACAUUAACUUUUUAACUGUUUUCUUUUUCUUCAUGCAUAGCAACAAUGCUCCUUUCUUCCUUUUAUCUUUGAUAAACAGGCAAGCCAAGUGGCUGUUAUGUGUCUGAUUGAUUGGAAGUUGCUCCCAUUUACUUUCACAUUGGUUUUCAUGCAUGCUUUCAUUCAAUCUUAUAUUUCCAUUCACUUCAUAUAUAUGCUGUUUUGUGAUUUAGUUUUCUGCUUCUGUUCACUUGAGGAGGAUCGUCCUCUCCGGCGACCCCGACAUUCCACUUGAGCUGGACACUCCCUCCGAGCAUUCUGAGGAGGAGGAGGCCCAGCAUCAUGAGCCGGAGGAAGCAUGAGACCCACCAGCUGACAGUGGAGGCGACGACAGUGACAACUCCUUCCACUCCGCAUGAUUUUGAGCACCGAGGACGGUGCUACAUUUUAAGUGUGGGGAAGUACAACUUCAACAAGUAUAUUUUGGAUGAAAAACAAACUUUAGAAAGCAUGAUUAAAGGAGAAUUGAGUGGAUUGACCCUAGACACUUGAGCGACUAGAGCGCAUAUACACAUCUGGUGAGGGUUCAAUUACUCAAUUCCAUAUUUCCACCUAUGAUCAUUACUUAUCUUGCAAGUGUGAUUAAAUUUUUUUAUAUGGCUCAAUUCAAUUGUGAAUAGGAUUUGGUUAUGAUUGCCUUAGCCCUUGAUAGUGUAUAGAUGUUUUCUUGAAAAUUCAUUUAUUUGGACUAAUUAAAUAUAUAUAGAUAGUUAGAUAGUAUAGUUACAUACAUAUAGAUAUAUUGCAUAUAGAUAUUUUGCAUUGAAUAAUUGUUGAUUCCCCUUCUUGUCUUUCUUUGGUAUAGCAUGACGACAGGCUAUUGUUUAAAUGUGGAGAUGUGAUGAAUCUACAUUUCAUGGUAUUUAUUUGCUUUAUUUGGGUGGAUUUCAUCAACUUUUCUUGCAUUUAACCAUUGAAAUAACAUAGUUUCAUAAUUUCUCCCUAAAUUGUGCUUGAAAGUAAAAACAUGCUCUUUAAACUUUAUAAUUGCUAAAUUUUAUUCAUUUUAAUUCCAUUUGAUGUCUUGAUGUAUUCGUUGAGUAAUUUCAAGCGUACAAGGCAAGUAUGGAUUGAAGAAGUGAGGAAGAAAAGCAUGCAAAGUGGAAAAAUUCAAGGAAUGAAGGAUUUGGAAAGCUGCCAAUCCUGACCUCUCUGUACUAAAUUGAUCAUAACUUGAGUUACAGAGGUCCAAAUGAGGCGGUUCCAGCGAUAUUAGAAAGCUAACAUCUGGGGCAUCAAAAUGAUAUACAAUUUGGCAUAAUGGACAUGGAUUUUGGGUGUGUAUACGCACAAGAAGAAAAUCAGCAAGUGUGCGUACGCACAAGUCCUGGCACGUGACUUCAUUAAUUGUAACUCGUUAGCAGCGAUUUUUGGGCUUCCAAAGUCCAAUCCAACUCAUUUCUAAAGCUAUUUCAAGGCAAAGUGAAGAAAGAUGAAGGGGAGAGCACUUAGAUUUAUGUUUUUACAUAUUUUAGCUUAGUUUUUCUAGAGAGAGUCCCCCCUUCUCUCUAGAAUUUAGAAUUUUUGUCUUAAUUUCUUUUUAAUUUCAGAUUUUAAUUCUUGCUUUAAUGUAGUUUCAUAUAUGUUUCUAUGCUUUCUUGUUUUGAUCUUCUUAAUUUCUUUUAUCAUUUUCUCAAUUUUGUCAUUUUUAGUUCAUGAAUACUCGUCAAUUUUGGUUUCAUUAAUGCAAUUUUAAUAUUUUAUGUU